UCCACAACGGAUCUGACUCACUUCUCACCACCCAAGGGCCCUCAACCCUAUCGUACACUGCAUCCUCAAAACUUGGGUACUCUUUCUGAGUCGACAGGCGCACUUCUUCUACGCACUUGAGCUUGAUCGAUUGACCUCUCACGCCGCAGACCUCUGCAAAUUGCUUCCUCAUCGAUUCUUCUUCAAAAGCUCUGCUCCAAAAAAGAAAAUAUCUUCGACUUGCAGAAAGUGCUAUGGCUAUUACGGUUGAGACUGGAGCUGUCGCGGUGUAUUGUGCUUCGUCCAUCGGAAAACAAAAGGCCUAUACCAACGCCGCUACCUCCCUCGGCCACGCACUAGGAUCCUCAAGCCGUCCACUCGUCUACGGAGGCGGGUCCAAAGGAAUCAUGGGCGUCGUUUCUGGAGCGGUGUUAGAGAAGGGAGGUCAGGUUUUGGGGGUCGUUCCUGCGGCUAUGGUCAAAGCGGGUGGUGAGGGGGAUAAAGGCGAGGAGGAGUCGGGAGCUGUGCAUGUGGUGUUGAAUGAGGAGGGAAGGGAGAUGGUCGAGACGAUUGUCGUUCAAUCUAUGCAUGAGAGGAAGGUCGAGAUGGCGAAGAGGGCGGUAGGUUUUAUGGGUCUACCGGGAGGUUUUGGGACGUUCGAGGAGAUCAUGGAGGUCAUCACAUGGACACAACUAGGGAUCCAUAACAAACCCGUCAUCCUAAUCAACGUCCUCAACUUCUACGAACCCCUCCGCCAACUCAUCCGUCGCGCCGUCUCCGAAGGCUUCAUCCAACCCCACAACGAACAACUCGCCAUCUUCGUCGACGGGCCAUCCGACGAAUCCGAGCACGGGACGUUCGACUGGGGGAAAGCUGCGUUAGACGCACUGGAUGGAUGGAAGAGGGAUAGGAAGGGGAUGUUUGAGUGGCGGGAGGGAAGUAUUGGCGGGUUGGAGUCUUCGUAGACUUACGGUCUAACACAAUGGAGACGUUUGCCAUUGUGUUUGGGAACGAAGCC